AUGGGUCGUCUUCACAGCAACGGAAAGGGCAUAUCAGCCUCCGCCAUCCCAUACUCCCGAACCCCUCCAGCAUGGCUCAAGACCACCCCAGAGCAAGUUGUUGACCAGAUCUGCAAGCUCGCUAAGAAGGGCGCAACUCCAUCGCAAAUUGGUGUUGUCCUCAGAGAUUCUCACGGUAUCGCUCAGGUCAAGGUUGUUACUGGUAACAAGAUUCUUAGAAUCCUCAAGUCCAACGGUCUCGCACCAGAGAUUCCAGAGGAUCUUUACAUGUUGAUCAAGAAGGCCGUUGCUGUCCGCAAGCAUCUCGAGCGCAACCGAAAGGACAAAGACUCCAAGUUCCGUCUUAUUCUCAUCGAGUCCAGAAUCCACCGUCUCUCCCGUUACUACAAGACCGUCGGUGUUCUCCCACCAACCUGGAGAUACGAGUCCGCCACUGCCUCCACCAUGGUUUCAUAG